AUGUCUCGCGAUUCCCUCGCUGCAUUCCGCAAGUCGCCUUCCUCAGACGACCUUGCCGCCCUGGCGGAGAAACAUCUCGAACACGACCUCAAAGACUCAGACCGUGACCUCCUCAAAAGUGCAGCUGCCAGAGUCAGCACCCACGCCACGAUAGGGUCCGUCGUUGGUCUGGGGCUGGGAUCCUUCCUCGCCUUUCGGCUGAGACGGGCCCGGGCGGACAUGUUUGCGGCGUUCCGGGCAACUGAGAAGCCCACCCAUGUGCAGUUUGCAAGUGGAAGAACAGAGCCUAUCCCGGAUGUCACAGACAAGAUGGCCCCGACUAAAGCGGGCGACAUCGCGGCUUAUUCGCUGCUAGGGCUUGGGAGUCUGUUCCUGGGCGGCGAGCUCGGCUUCGUCUCGGGUACCGCUUCCGCUGCGCGAAGUAUUAGCAAGGACCCUGAGGCUCGCGCGAGGAUCGAGACUGCGUUCCGAAGGUUCAGGGCAGAUGCUCUCAGGAAAGAGGCCGAUCGCUUGGAUGGGGGUGAGAAGAUCCUAGACAAGAUCUUUUGA